AUGGCUACCAGUGAGCUGAAUCAGUUUCUAGAAAAUGUUGAUGAGAAGGUCCUAGAGUGUACCAUUUGCUUUAAGAGACUUCAAAAUCAUAAAUCCCUCAACUGCCUCCAUAGUUUCUGUUUGGCAUGUCUGGAAGACUGGGUUAAAACUAAGGGAGAGCUGAUUUGCCCAACUUGUUCAAAAUCAUAUCCUAUUCCAGAGGGUGGGCUUCAGAAACUUCCACCAAAUACCUUUCUUAAUAAGUUAAUAGAAACUAUUGAUCAAUUUUCAAAAAAAGAUCCGAUAAAAUGUGCUUGUAAAAAAGGAGAAGCACAGCAAUAUACUACUGCCAGGAUUGCAGACAGUACUUGUGCUCUACUUAGUGAUGAAGGCACAGCAAUGCUAUCAAGUGAAACAUUAAUUACAGCACUUAAGGACAGGAUCAAAGAAUUGCCAAAAACAGAGCCAGAUGAUAAUGGACACAUUAACUCUCUUGUAAACAAAGAACAAAAGGCUUCAUUGAAAGAAUAUGAAAUGGGGACUGUAACACAGAGGGCAGCAGACUUCUUAACAUUAAAGGGAGAGGAAUCAGUGACCGAAGGUCAGACAAUUGUUGUCAAAAUAAUCAAACCAGAUGAAUGUAAAGUACAUGCAAAUCAACUGAAGGCAAAAAG